GGAUGCUGUGGAGAUCGUUGCUAGAAUCUCGAAUCUCCACGGUGAGUCGUGCGGCUUGUGAAAUGUACGUUUCAGUGUAGAAAGUGUGUCAACAAAGCACAAAUUACCUGGAACGUGUUUGUGCGUGUGUGUGUGUUUGUCCGAUAACGUGUGUGCUUCGUCGCCCAAGCGCUAAAGUGCAGCGUUAAAUGGUUUUUUCUCCAUCCGUAAUUCCGACGUGUGCGCUUCGUGACGAUUGUCAGUUAAGCUAAUCGCGCUAGGAGACUGCUUACUUCGGGGACAAAGUCACCGGAUUCGAAACAUUAGCGACUGAUUCAUCUCGUUACCUCAAAGCUUCCUCUCAAUCAUCGCAUACCGGCGACCGGUUUGCGAAUCGGUUGCCUGGCAACCGCCGAAGCGCCGAAGCGAUGUCGUCCGCUUCCAAGAGCAAACCGAAGAAGAGCAGCAGCCUGCGCAUCCUGUGGAUACCGGGGCGGAAGAAGCACAACCGCAAGGGAACGUUCAACGCCACCAAGAAUGGGCUGCCGCAGAACUACGGGAAGCAGCCGUGCAAAAACGAAUCCUGGACCCUCGGUGGACCGCUGAAUCAUAGCAAAAUCAUAAACGCAAACUUUUUUUUCAGAGAUCUGCACGAAAACAACCUCGAUCUGGCCGGGAUCGCGACCGCCACGACCGGUGCGAUGAGUUUGACGGCAAUGGCGGUGAAAAGUACCGAGCUGGACACCGCGAACCACCUGGAACCGAUGCCCUCUACCUCGCAGCAGCAGCAGGCGGCUGAGGAAGGAACCACUUCCGGUGGAUCACCGCCACCGUUGAUCGCCGUCGGUACGAUCGAGUUGAACAAUUUGAACGGCGAUGUCGCAAGUAACAAGGAAAAGGAGAUCGCCACCAGCAAUCAGUUUGAGCCCCUGGCACUGAUCGACGAAGACGAGGAGCGCGAGGAAAAGGAUCGCAACUGCUCGAACGCCCAGUCGUCGUCGUCGCUGCUGUCGUCGAACAACGAUAACCGCUCGUCGGAGAACGUACACCACACGGACACGCUCGCGAUCGGCGACCAGCACCGACGGCGGAGGCGCCGGAGUGCCGCGUCGAAGAAAAACAGUGCCGAGGAUAUCGAUUCGAUCGAUCAGGCGGACAGUGCGGUCGACCCGCUAGCGCACCCGCUGGGCGAACGUGAAACGGCGUUCGAUGAUUGUGAUGAAGAGGAGGACCACCCAAGGAGGAACCACCAGCAAGCGGGAUCCGGCCAUCCGGUGUCGGUCAAACGACGGAACAAACCACGGAACCGCUCGAGCAGCCGGCGGCGACAGCAGACGCCAGCGACGCCGGAAUCAGUGAUUCUGCAGGACGAACCGGAUGGCGAAGUAAAGGACAACAACGAGGUGUUUGAGAAAACGGUCACCUGUCUUUAUUGGGCGCUCGCUUGUUGGGAUUGCAGCAUCUCGUAGAGCGCGGCAAUGGUAGAGUAUUUAUGUUAUGAACACGCAACGCUAUAGCUAACCAUUAAUUAGUUAGGGAAACUUGGCCGUCAUACGGCCGUCUCCUCUUCCCGACGAGCUAGGAUAGAUGUAGGAUGUAUACAGGAAGGGCAACCUCAAAGGAGUAGAGUGUAGAGUGUAUUUUCGAACCACUUUUUGUCGACGGAUUUGAGCGAACGCCGCACGGCGGCUUGAUGUUGCGGUAUUUUGGACAAUUUUUGACAAAACAGGCACCGUACCGAUCGGAACGGGGGGUGUAGA